AUCCGCUUCCUCAGAGCAGUCGGAACACGCCCACGGUUUGCCCAGCGGUCUCAUGAACUCGGAAGUAUAGUUAUAGUUACCUGACGACGCCGGUGGACACGAGCACAACCCACCUUUCCGCCCAUCAUCCUGGUAUAAAUCUCGACCUCCGCGCUACUAGGAUUCCCUUGUGUUUUUCUCUUGCCCGGCAGAUAUCUUGGUAGUAUUCGACGGACCUCCCGAUAGUAUUCGAUAGACCACUUGAAAGUACUCGAUAGACCUCUACGCCUUAUUCUCUCGACAGACCUCUUCAUUCUCUACAGACCUCUCCGCAUCUAUAUCUACGCCAUGGCCGCCGAUCCGUCCAGACUAGCUUCCCAGAAGCUCCCGCUGGCGACCGUUCUCAAUUCCCCCGAAGACAAUCGUGAUUCGGCCUACUACUCGAGCACAGAUGCCUCGAGCAAGCACACGUCCGCCGCGUCUGGUAUUGGGAUCAGCGUGUACCAUUCGGUGCAGGACAAGACCCCUUCUCCUACUACGACGACCGUACUCCCUCCGCCACUAGUGUCUCCCGCGAGCAACAUGAGCGUAGCGUCAAUGGUCUCACCGACGACCUUGGGCAACGGGCGCUUUGAUCGGCCCCAGUCGUUCGACUCUAUACAAGGUGCCGCGUCGCUAGGGGGCGCUGCUAGCGUCGGCCCUGAAUCGCGGCGCGAGAGCGUGGACAGUAGGAUUAACCUGAAUUUCGGCGAUAUGAGGUUGGGCGGCUCCCCUUACACCAGCCAGAAUCCGUCGACAACAUCGAUACAGGGAGGCUUGGCGCAACAGAGAAAUCCUCGUACCGGGAUGGAUCACUUGUCCGUGCACAGGAUAUCGAAUGGGUACCAGCCCAACGUCGAGCGCACCCCCGAAGGCCAUCCUAAGGCUGCUCGAACCGCCCCCGCCAUCACUGGCCCUGCCACGAGCACGAUCGCGAGGGCCGCGGAGCCGACUAAGGGCCAGGCUUGGGCCUUCCCGGAGGAAGAAAUCCAGCGGAUGCCCUCUGGAAACCAUACCUUCUUCGACUCGAGACGAAGCAGCAUCACCGAAUCGAUUGCCAGCAGCCAAUUCACGUCCGAAUCUCGACUGCCCCCCGGGCAACGACGGCUCGACGACGGCUCGAUACCGGACUUUCGGACGAUUCACCACCAUACGCUCCAGCACAAGCAAAUCUCGGGUCUCCAUAGCGAGGGAUCCAGCCCCCAUAGCGGCAACCAACCGUACAGCAGGACCCCCGAGCUUCGGCAGAGCCACAAGCUUGCCGAGCGGAAGCGAAGGACGGAGAUGAAGGAGCUUUUUGAGCAGCUUCGCGACCUCAUGCCGCAGGAACGCGGAUCCAAGGCCUCAAAAUGGGAAAUAUUAACCAAAGCUAUCGCUGAGCAUCAGAAGCAGUCGGAGACGAUCAAGACCCUCCACAGCCACUACCAUAACACCGCGCAAGAAGCGGAGGGGCUCCGUCGCGAAUUGGAGAGGGUGCGAGUGGAGAAUGCGCAGCUUCGGGGGAAUAUGACGAGCAUGCAGUCAGGCCAAGGCGCACCAAGUCAACCGAUGCCGUCGCAGCCAUCCGGUGACCCCUACGGACAGGACCUGUACGGCAGAGCACCCUCGCGGCCUGAACUUCCGCCCUUGCGGGCCUUGAGCGGCAACCUUCCGAACGCACCGGACUCUAUGACCGGGGUCCAAUACGACGGCCAGAGGCCUAACGGCUUCCGACCGGACCGCUUUUAGACCCAAACCACGACACCAAUCAUUUACAUUUCCUUGCGUUGUUGUAAAUUGCCGUCUUUGUGGGGGACGACGGUUAUCAAAAAAAUGCUCGAGACGUUGAGCACGUUUUCAUCGAUACCCUGUGCACGUUUACUGUUGCUGUCCGGCGCGACUUGCUUGUGACCCACUUGUCAACGAGCACUUGAAAAAAAAAGAGAACUCUCGAGGCGCACUUGGGACCGGUACGGAAGAAAAUGAGGUUGGAAUAUG